CACUGCUGUACAAACCCAUCGACCGGGUGACGCGGAGCACCCUUGUCCUGCAUGACCUCCUCAAGCACACCCCAGCUGAUCACCCCGACUACCCGCUGCUCCAGGACGCCCUCCGCAUCUCGCAGAACUUCCUCUCCAGCAUCAAUGAGGACAUUGAUCCCCGGAGGACAGCGGUCACCACUCCCAAGGGGGAGACCCGGCAGCUUGUCAAGGAUGGCUUCUUGGUGGAGCUGUCAGAGGGCUCGAGGAAGCUGCGGCACGUCUUCCUUUUCACCGACGUGCUGCUGUGUGCCAAGCUGAAGAAGACGGCGGUGGGGAAACACCAGCAGUAUGACUGCAAGUGGUACGUGCCCCUGGCCGACCUGGUGUUCCCUUCGCCGGAGGAGUCGGAGCACUGCCCGCAGGUCCAUGUCAUCCCCGACCAUGAGCUGGAGGACAUGAAGAUGAAGAUCUCGGCCAUCAAAAGUGAGGUGCAGAAGGAGAAAGCCAACAAGGGGCAGAGCCGGGCCAUCGACCGCCUCAAGAAGAAGAUGUUUGAGAAUGAAUUCUGGCUGCUCCUCAACUCACCUGCCAUUCCCUUCCGCAUCCACAACCGCAACGGGAAGAGCUACCUCUUCCUGCUCUCAUCUGACUAUGAGAGGUCUGAGUGGAGGGAGGCCAUUCAGAGACUGCAGAAAAAGGACCUCCAAGCCUUUGUCCUGAGCUCGGUGGAGCUGCAGGUGCUCACGGGAUCCUGCUUCAAGCUACGCACUGUCCACAACAUCCCGGUCACCAGCAAUAAGGAUGAUGAUGAGUCCCCCGGGCUCUAUGGGUUCCUGCACGUCAUUGUCCACUCCGCCAAGGGCUUUAAGCAGUCUGCCAACCUUUACUGCACGCUGGAGGUGGACUCCUUCGGCUACUUCGUCAGCAAAGCCAAGACCAGGGUUUUCCGGGACACCACCGAGCCACAGUGGAAUGAGGAGUUUGAGAUCGAGCUGGAGGGCUCCCAGUCCCUGCGCAUCCUCUGCUAUGAGAAGUGCUACGACAAGACCAAGCUCAACAAGGACAACAAUGAAAUUGUGGACAAGAUCAUGGGCAAAGGGCAGAUUCAG